AUGUCGGCUGCUGGCGCUGCUGAAAGGGCGUUGUCGUUGCCACCAAUUGGCAACCCUUUCUGGUCUGAAAGGGCCCGCGAAGAGCAUGCGCUGCAGCUGAUGAGGCCACAAGACCUACCAGGAGGUGAUGGACGUGAACGAGAAGGUCCAAGGACCGUGACGGUGAGGUGGCCGGAAUCACUUGGUGCGUUUGAGGCCAAGGAUUGGAUGGGAUGUCAUGAGGGACAGGUGAAGCGUGUCUCCGAACAUCCAGGUCAAGAUCUAGGUGAUGGAGUAUGUCUUGACGAUCGGGCUUUGCAUGGCAUGCGAGAUGGACUCCAACGAGGGCAUCGGGCUUUUGUGCACGGUGAACACCUUGAAGGGCAUCGGGCUUUGAUGCACGGGGGACAUCGAGAAGGGCAUCGGGCUGUGCAUUUCCAGCGAGAUGGUCAAGGGCUUCGUCAAGGAGAUCUUCAACGUGCUGGACAUCAAGAAGGGCAUCGGGCUGUGAUGCAUGGUGUUCAACAAGAAGUACAUCGGGCUGCACGGGUUGAUAGCAUGUCCGAGGUGGAUCGUCUUCUUCGACAAGGGCAUCUUCGAGGAGGAGAGCGUCGUGAUGAGCUGGGGUGGGAAUUGACUCCGGACGAGAUGGCAUGGCUUCAACGUGAGACUCCCAAGGAGGCUGAGACCCCCUUCAAGGAGGCUGAGACCCCCUUCAAGGAGGCUGAGACCACCAAGGCUGAGACCCCCGAGGAGGCUGUGAGACCCCCAAAGGAUGGCGAGUCUUGGAGUGCAGGUUCAAAGAUGUGGCAAUCGCCAAUGCCAGUGAUGGACUUCCAGGAAGAGAUGAGGUCCAUUCCAAUCACUCUGCCGGUUUUGGCAGAACCAGGAACAAAGAAUGCUGCGCUGUUGGCCGGUGAUUGGCUUACGCAGCUGGAGCCGCUGAUCGGAGAUGUAUCAGCGAGAGCUGGAAUUUGGUGGAAGCAGGUGGUGGAGCUCACGAUGAAGCGCUACAGAGAAUGGCUUCAGGCACCACCUUUACAGCGUCUCUACAUCAAGGCGCCUGCGGAUGAGGAGCUCCCCAAAGGUUUUGACCGACUUCGGCAACGGGUGUCCUCGAUGAUGUUGCAGGCCAUCCCCACUGCCAUCAAGGAUGAGGUCAUCUCCACCAGACAGCUCUCACCACAAGGAAUCUUGCUUCGGAUUCUUCGAGUUCACCAGCCAGGUGGACUCAAUGAAAGGUCAGAGACUUUGAAGUCCUUGACAGCAACGACCCCAGCCACAAAUGCGAAGGAUGCUGUAGAGUCGUUGAGGUUGUGGAAAAGGCACCACAACAGGGCUAGUGAGUUGGGAGCGUCUCUCCCAGAUUCAACUCUGAUGAUCAAGGCGCUGGACAGAACGAUGGAGCUGUUGCUCAACAAGUCCCAGCAAGCCAGCUUCAGGGUCAGCACGUUCAGGCUUCAGUAUGAGGUCGAUGUGAAUCCCAAUGACGUUGUGGUGAACAAGCUGUACGAGGUCUUGCUUGCGGAGGCCGAGCUCAUGGUCACGGCCAACUCUGAGGAGAAUCCAGCUGUCAAGCAAAUGCAGGUGCUUCCCAAUGGUAAAGGACCUCCACAACAACAAACUUCUCCUGGAAAAAUGUCAGUUUGCAAAUGGUGGGGUUCUACUGAAGGUUGUCGACGUGGCCGAGCGUGCAAGUUUCUGCACGAUUUGGACUCCCUGGAGGAUAAGUCGACCAGGUGCUGGCUGUGCAGUUCUACAACACAUGCCAAGAAGAACUGUCCGACAAAAGAUGGCCAACACCAGGUCGGGGGGAGUGGAGGAGGUGGUUCAUCUUCGACUGAAGGUACAGCGGAGGAUAAAAAAGAGAAAGAUGAGAAGGCUGAUCCAAACAUUGCCUCGAUGAACGUUGAUGAUGAUAAGAGGAGUGAGGCAAGUGUGAGGACGGCGAGCACAGGUGAUAGCAGCUUGAUGAACGAGGUGACCAAUUUGCUGAAGUGUAUGAGGAUUUCGAAUGAUGGAGAUCCAACAGUCAAGGCAAUGGUCAAGCAGGUCGUCUACUCUGAGGAGAAGAAUCACCGAGUGCUCAUAGACGGGGGAGCAACACACUGUCUGAGAAGGGCAUUAAUGGAUGAGUGGACCCAAAGUUGUGAUGUGACGGUCCACUUAGCGACAGGAACUGUCAAGCUCAGGCAACACCCCGAGAGGAAAACCAUCUUCACCAAGGACCACUGCCAGCCCAUUGUGCCGAUGGCGCUUCUGGUUCAAGCGGGAGCUCAGGUUGCAUGGGACAAAGAUGGAUGUAAAAUACAACACCUCGUGCAUGGCAGGCUGGAGGUCAAGAUGGAUCAAGGAUGCCCAACUUUGGAACACGAUGUGGGCAUGAGGAUCAUGUUGGAAGUGGAACAAAUGAUGAUGCGUGGUGACUUUGCAGUAAGGAUGCUUGGAGGAGUGGAGAAGUCUGAGAAGGAUGAAGAGAUGCUCAAAAAGUUUCAGGAGGUGAAGAAGGAGUUUCCCCUCGUCCCGGACGCCAUCCUCAACCGCAUCCCAGGACGAUCAAGCUAUGAUCCCACGCAGCUUCCACUCAAUAGAAAGAUGAGGAGAAGAUGGCUGAAACUUCGAGAUGAGAAGACCUAUGUCAUCUGCAUCGACAAGCUCUACCACAAUGGAGACAUGCUCAAUGAUCACCUGAUGGGCUACUUGGAGGAGGUCAUGGACUCUGGCAAGGUGGAGAUGUUCUUGAUGGGUCCACCAUGCCGCACAGUCAGCGCUGCAAGACACACUGAAGAUGGAGGUCCAAGACCUUUGAGGAGCCGAGAAGGUGAUGAGAGGUUUGGUCUCAAAGGGCUCAACCACUAUGAAAAGAAGCUGGUGGAGGACGAUACGGUUCUCAUGCUACGAGCUCAAUGGUUGGCCCGAAAAGGUAACAAAGCCAGUAAUGGCAUCAUGGAGUCCAUGCUGGAGCAGCCCAGGGAUCCGAGUGAAUACAGGGAGGGGAGCUAUCCUACGUUUUUGACAUGGCCAGAGACCAAGGAAACAGCUGACCAACUGGGAUGGCAAAAGGUGAUCCUAGAUCAGGGAGCAGUUGGACACCCAACACGAAAGCCAACGACCCUCCUCUCGGACAUUCCCGAGGUGGCCCAACUACAUGGUUUGAAAGAUGAUCGACCUCCACAACAUGACAGGCAAAAACUUUCUCUAGAGCAACGACUCGAACAGUCGAAAAGCUGGGCAGCGUGGGCAGAAGGUCUGAAGUAUGUCCUCAAAGUGGCCGCUAAGAGGAUCAAAAACACGCCCACCGCCGCCAUGAAAGUUGUCAACUUGCCCAAGAAGGAGGUGGAGUCAUGGAGGAGACACUUUGCUGCUGGGCAUGUGCCGUACCGCCGUGACUGUGGUGUAUGCGUUGAAGCUGCUGGUCGAGGAAGGUGCAGAAAAAGAAUGCAGCACCCAGAGGCGUUUUGCCUUUCUGUCGACACAGCAGGACCCUUCUGUGCUGGUGUUGAUCAGUCAAGAAAGAAGGCCAAGUACAUGCUCAUCGGCACCAUCACCAUCCCUACAAAAAAGGGGAGACCUAUGGUAGAAGGCUUGGAUAGGCUCAUAGCAAGAGACCCUGGAAAAGAUCAGCACUUGGACUCGAUGGAAGAGGCUCUCAUGUCGCUCUACGACCAGUACAAGGAGAUGGAGAAUCCCGAAGAAGACCCUUUGAAGAUCGAGGAUGAGAAAGACUCAAAGGAGAAAGGGGAGGAUCCAGUUGAGGUGGAGGCGCAAGAAGUUGAGGAGCGCGUCUCAAAAGAAGUGGAAAGAGCCGUGAUAGAGGAGAUCAAGGACUGGUCAAUGGAAAGUCUCACAGUGGCGAUCCCUCUGGCAAGCAGAAACAAGAAGGAAGUCGUAGAAGGUUUGACAUGGAUCUACUCAAAGUUGAAAUCGAUCCACAUACCUGUCCAAAGGUUGCAUGCUGACAGGGCUCGUGAGUUUGUGAGCCAAGAUGUCAAAAGAUGGGCACAGGCCAGAAACCUUCACCAGACCUUUACUGAGGGAGAUUCAGGAGAGGCAAACGGCCGAGCAGAACGAGAAGUGGGUAUCAUCAAAGCGCUCACUCGGGCACAACUGCUGGCAACUGGUGAGGACAAAUCACUAUGGCCUCUUGCACUUCGACAUGGUGCAGAACUUCGUUUUCGGCAACAGCUACUUCGACUUGGAGUGUCAACGCCAGCUCUCAUCCCUUUUGGCACUAUGGGCUAUGCAAAGAGGAAGAGAUGGGAGAGGGGAGAAAAAGGAGAAGCAGGACUACUGGCCCCUAUGAGAAGAGGGAAGAUCAUGGGUCCGGCUUCAUCAAUGUCUUUGACCUCCAAGGGGUACUACGUGAGGUUGGAGGACACUGGCAGCUACAUCUACUCCACGGCUGUCAUUGUGCCCAAGCCUAAGUCUGCCGACGCUUUCGAACAAGUUCGAGCCGAAGUACAAGAUCAACAACAAGGUGCGUGUCCCGAAUUGGACGCGAUAGAAGCAGAACUGUUCCCACCACAACUUCCACAACAAGUCUUGCAGGCUUCUCCACAAUAUCAACCUGAUGCUGCGCAAGUUCAACAACAUCUCGAUGCACUUCACCACGAAGAUGAUGGGUAUUCUCCUACAGAAAUGGCGGAGUCGGAGUACGACCCUUUUACAGAGCAAUUCAUGGCAGAGUUCGGUGAGGUGUAUGAGAGGCGUUACCCAGAGAAUGCUCCUGCAGAAGAACGUCGACGGUGUCUCCGGGGCAAACAAACAGUGCCUGCUAGACUUCAGGUCUUGAAUCUAGCAGGGGGGGAGUGCAGAGGAGGUAGUACAAGAGGAGGAGGUGAUGAAAAAAGUCUUGAAUGUCAAGGAUGUGGCCUUCUUCAGUACCAUCACUGUCCACCACAAGCUCAACAACAAGGAGCUCUCCGCAAAUGCGCUUUCUGCAACGAGUGGGGGGAGAUGAAAGUCCAACAACACUGGGCUAUGAGCAAGCUGAUCGGAGAAGAGAUGGCCCUCAUAGAUGGCAUCGAUGCAGAUCAGCAGAUAUGGAUGAAAACCCUGACCAAGGUGCAUGAGGAGCGGAUGAAGUUGGAGGAAGAGAUCUUGGAGAAGAAGCAAGAGGAGGUCCUUCAAGGCUACACCGUCUCCAACCAGGAGGUCAGGAACAAUUGGGAGGAUUGGAAAGCCCCCAUCGACAAGGAGUUAUCUACCUUGCUGGAGAAUGGUGCAAUCUCUCCGAUCACCAAGCAGCAGCGUGAUGAACUAGUUCAACAAUAUGGCACCAGGAUGGAGUGCAUCCCUUCAAAGAUCGUUGCUGUGGUGAAGGCGGGUGGAAAGAAAAGGCGAGGUUGGUGGCCUGAUGAUGCUGAGAAUAGCAGCUGGGAUGUCGAGUCGCUAGACAUAAAAGGAGCCUUUCUUCUGGCCCCACGCCGAAAAAGAGAUCCGUGCUACUGGUCUGUGAACAAGGCUGUCUACGGUCUGGUAGAAAGCCCAGCUGACUGGAGCGACUAUAGAGACAAGGAGAUUGCGGUAAUGCAAUGGAAACUCCACGACAAGAUCUACGAGCUCCAGAUGAGUGAGGAGACCAACAUGUGGCUCAUCAAAGAAGUUGGAGGAGAUGGUAGUCCCUGUGGCUAUCUUGCAACCUACGUGGACGACAUGCUGAUGGUGGGUCCGCAACCUCUACUUCAAGCUCUGAUGACCACCAUUGCCAACAAGUGGGAAUGCUCCUCACAAGAGUUUGCCGAAUUUGGCAAGGAUCUCCGGUUUUGCGGUAUGGAGAUUCGCAAAACUCCUCAAGGUUUUGACAUCCACCAGUCUUCUUACGUGAUGGACCUCUUGGCCAGGUAUGAAGUUGCCAAGACAGCCGAUGUUCCCAUGGGCAAGGUCGAAGACUUGGAUGAGGAUGAAGAGGAGAAGAAGGUAGACUUGGCUCAGUUGAGACAAGCUCAGCAACUGGCCGGAGAACUCAUAUGGGUGUCAACUCGAACAAGGGUUGACAUUGCCUUUGCGGUUGGUGCGAUGAGUCGAAGGUUGCAUCGUGACCCGACUGGAGCCCUGAGGAUUGGAGAACAGAUCCUGAGCUACUUGAGAAAGUUUCCAGGUCUUGGAAUACAAUACUCUCCUUGUGAGCCAACAGAGAUGGAUGAGAACCAGGUGCCAAGGAUGAUGGAUACGAUCGAAGUGUUCGCCGACGUGUCUUAUGCUCCUGGAGGUGAAGCGUACAGAUCCAUCCAAGGAGUGCUCACAACAAUGGGUGGUCAAAUCAUCCAGUGGCAUACAGGCAGACAGAGCCUGAUUGCAACCUCUACAGCCGAAGGAGAACUUUUGGCCUACCAAGAAGGUCAAAUUAUGGGCGCGAGUGUGGACAAACUGAGAGAAGUUCUGAAGAAGGGGAAUGGAAAAGGAAGAGCCUGGCAAAUCAGGCAUAUGGCUGGUACUCUGCUGGUAGCUGAUGGUUUGACAAAAGCCCUGCAGAAGCAAGCCUUUGAGGACUUCCUCAAGAAGCUCAAGAUGUCGGUGGCGGACCACCCCAUGCUCAACAAGGUGAAAAGCGAGGACGUGCCUAAGAACACCUCUGACACGCUCCAGCGCAACCAACAAACAGAGACCUACUACAAAAGGAUGAUGGCAAUUGCCUUGGCAGCCCUUGCACUUAUUCUCACAGGAGAAUUCCAAGUUGCGGCGGUUGUGCUGCUGGCUUUGAAGUGCUGCCAAAAGAUCUAUGCCGAGCUAUGCAGACGAUCAAAAGCUCAGCUACCAGAGGAGGUGUCAACUUCAAAGAAGAAAGAAAUGAAGAAGGUGACACAGGAGAUAGAGAUGAGGCUGAAGGCUUUUCAGGUGAGGUCUGAGGCUGCUGAGGAGCUGCCCCCCAAUGUGAGAGUUUUCACAAAUGAAAAGCCUAGAGGAGAUGAUCGCUGGUACCCAAUCCAGCCUGGAGGAUGGUUGAUCCGAAAGCAUGGAAAGCACCGCCAAAGAUGCUUUCACCCAUUGCACCGUUCGUGCCCUAUGGACUCCAUCCGAUUCGAACCAGUCAGGUUCACUGUGAUCUUUUAUGAAGAAGGAGGAAGAUCAAAGAAAAAGGUGAUCAAAGAUGAUUGGACAGGAACUCCUACGGUGAUGAACUAUGGGGAAUGGAAGGGCUACACGGUCUUCAAACUCAAAGAUCAACCUGAAGUUGCCCCCACACAGUUGGAUCCUGAGGAGCCUGCCCGAUCACAUGAAGCAUCUUGUGCUAGCGGUCACAUAGCUUGCGGCAGAGAAGAGGAGUCUCUGACCAGCGGCAGUGUGAUCAGCGGCGUGCGGGAUCAAGCCCCUGCACUAUCUACUGCGUUCCCUGAAACAGGUGGCUAUGGGGCUCGAGAUCCAAACCAACCACGUGCAAAAGCUAGAGGUCAAGUAGCUGCCAGUUCAGGCAUUUCUCUUCGACCUCAACCUCAAGCAGUACAACAACAGCCUGGCGAACUGGAAGAAGUCAUGAGGGGACUUCAACUCCUUGGUCGUCAAUACCCAGGCUCUGCUGCGACUCUGGCAGAGGAUCCGAUCUCUGACUUUGACGACAGUUUCGAGCUCAUCACGGACGAUGCUCCGCAACCACGCCCAGCACUGCGAGCGUUUAAGUUUUGUGGAGGUGGAGACAGUAACUCACCACCACCAACAGCUCGAGGAAGUCGAGACCCAGAGCCUUCCUUAGAGCUACAACGAAUAUCCAACGAUGAUGAGCUGAUGGACACUACAACGAGCAGCUCAAGUUCAAGCUCAGAAGAACUCCUGCCGGAGUAUAUCGAUCCACCAGGCAUCUGGAAUGACUACAAUCCAUGGAACGGCCUACCACUAGGACAUGAUCCAUGGGCUGAAGGAGUAGCUUCGUACCCACCUCAGAGGUCAGUAGCUGGAGUGCAAGCUGGCCCUACAGGAAUGUCAGACACUGGGGUGCAAGUGGGUUCUCCGAGGAUAGCUAUGUCAGUUGCGUCUUCCUCGGAUGCUCCUCCUACUGCGCCUGCCACAAUGUCAACAGCUUCAAGCUGGAUGCCAACAGACCCAAGGCCAAGAAAGGCACCCCCACCACCACAAAGUCCGUGGGUGCAGGCCACAAUACAAGAGCUGAGACAGCUCAGAAGAGAAAAUCAAAUGCUUCAGGAGCUUUUAGAACCUGGAGUAUUGAGGCAAGAUGAUAUCGCCACAGCUGCACAGUUGAUUGAGGCAGCUCAAGGAUGGCGUCACCAACCAAAGUCGUCGCCGAACCCAAAGACGCAGCCGCUGUCAGUGUUGAGGAGGCCUGAGGGAGCUGUAGAUGUAGAUGCGACGUUGUCAGGGCCAGGCCAAAUGCCCGGCAAUUCAGCACCACCUGUGCUGGUAGAUGCUCCAGCCUUGCCGCAUCAGUUUUCAGCUUUUCCACCAGUCAGGCAAAAGGCUCCACCAGUGACGUUGCAGGAGAACCAAAACCAACCAGUAGGACCUAAACCACCCCCAAAAGCUGUUUUUCUCAACGCUGUUGGUGCCCCAAUGGUCCCAAAUACGGUUAUGCCAAAAGCCGCAAAGCCGAAACCUCCAGUGCCACCGAAGUGUGCAAUGGACUGGCUUGGAGGAGCUCCUUUUUAG